AUGGAAUCUAAAUACUUCAUACUUUUCUUACUAUCUUUCUACUCUUUUAUACCGAAGAUUAGUUCUACUACGACAAAUGUAAUCAAUACUAAUCGGUUCAUAACAGAUGGUGACACUAUUGUUUCAUCUGGUGGAACCUUUGAGCUGGGAUUUUUCAGCCCCAAUGGUUCCACAACGCGAUAUAUUGGGAUAUGGUACAAGCAAAUUCUUCCUUAUGUCCAAACAAUUGUAUGGGUUGCAAACAGAGAGAAACCACUCACCAAUACAUCUUCAGUCGUUUUGAAGGUCAACAAGCCGGGAAUACUUGCUCUUCUUAAUGACAAGAAUGAAACUAUAUGGUCCACGAACACCUCACGAUCAGUCCAAAAUCCAGUUGCAGUGCUGUUGGAUUCUGGUAAUCUUGUCCUAAAAGAUGCAAAUGAUGACAAUCCAGAAAAUUUCCUAUGGCAGAGUUUCAAUUUUCCAACUGAUACUUUCUUGCCUGAUAUGAAACUCGGAAAGAAUUUUAAGACUGGUAUUGAAGUUUACCUUUUAGCAUGGAAGAACGAUAACGAUCCAACUCCAGGGGAAUACAGUCUCCACAUUGAUCCUACUGGAUAUCCACAAGGCCUCAUUAGACAUGGGGCAAGGGUAUCAGCUCGAGCAGGACCAUGGAAUGGUUUACGGUGGAGUGGAGCACCUGCACCACUACAAACACAAAGCAGCAUAUAUACUUUUCAAUUUGUUUUCAAUGAAGAGGAGGUUUACUAUAGUUUUUCUCUCAUUAACAACUCACUGUUAACAAGGUUAGUCCUGACUAACAAUGGUUUUAUACAACGUUUGACGUGGGUGGAUAGGACAAAGAGUUGGCAUCUUUACCUCAAUAUUCCUCUGGAUACUUGUGAUACAUAUAGCUUAUGUGGUGCAUAUGGGAACUGUGUCAUAGAUAGUUCUCCUGUUUGUGGAUGUUUGGACAAGUUUGAACCUAAAUAUCCACAAAAUUGGCAAACGGGAGACUGGUCACAAGGGUGUGUUAGGAAGACACCUAUUGAUUGCAACAAGGAACAUGGAUUUCUAAAAUAUUCUGGAAUCAAGUUGCCAGAAACUAACAACUCUCAGUACAAUAAGACCAUGACACUCGAAGGAUGUAGGCAAGUAUGCUCGACAAACUGUUCUUGCACAGCUUAUUCGAGCCUAGAUAUAAGCAAUGGAGAUAAAGGUUGCUUGUUUUGGUCUGGGGAGUUGAUUGAUAUCAGAGAGCUCUCUGGAAGAGGACAAGACAUUUACAUACGAAUGGAUUCUUCAGACCUAGUAUCUCAGGCAAGUUCAAACAAAAAGAAGACAGGGACAGUACUUGCAGUGAGUUUCUCGUUGUUGGUGGCAGUGAUUCUGCUAGGCCUGAUUCUGUUCAUGUACAUACGUAAAAAGAAGAAACUAAAACUCAAAGAAGAUUUUGAGCUGCCACAGUUUCAAUUGUCAUUAAUAACAAGAGCCACAGAUAACUUUUCGGUCAACAACCAGAUUGGAGAAGGUGGAUAUGGACCUGUUUAUAAGGGAGUGCUCGAAGAGGGACAAGAAAUUGCUGUGAAGAGACUGUCAAGGACUUCCAUGCAAGGAAUUGAUGAAUUCAAGAAUGAAGUUACCUAUAUUGCCAAGCUUCAGCAUAGAAAUCUUGUGAGACUUCUGGGUUGCUGUAUUCAAGGGGAAGAAAAGAUGUUGAUCUAUGAAUACAUGCCUAAUAAAAGCCUGGACUCAUACAUAUUUGAUCAAACAAAGAAAAAGUUACUUGAUUGGUCAAGGCGUUUCGACAUCAUUAAUGGAAUUGCUCGUGGCUUAUUGUAUCUCCAUCAAGAUUCUAGACUACGUAUUAUCCAUAGAGACCUUAAAGCAAGCAAUGUUUUGUUAGAUACAGAAAUGAAUCCAAAGAUAUCAGACUUUGGGAUGGCUCGAAGUGUUGCAGGAAAUGAGAUGGGAGCUAAAACAUGCCAUGUGGUCGGGACACACGGUUACAUGUCCCCUGAAUAUGCAGUAGAUGGAAUCUUCUCAGUAAAAUCAGAUGUGUUUAGCUUUGGCGUAUUGGUGUUAGAGAUUGUGAGUUGCAAGAAAAAUAGAGGAUUUGUCCAUCAAGAUCACAACCUUAACCUUCUCGGUCACGCAUGGAAGCUUUACAAGGAAGAUAGGUCCUUGGAACUAAUUGAUGAGAAGCUAGCUGAAUCUUGUCAUAUUUCUCAAGUUUUAAGGUCAAUUCAAGUGGGACUAUUAUGUGUGCAACAAUGUCCUGAAGAUAGACCAAACAUGUCUUCUGUGGUUCAAAUGCUAGGUAAUGAGAGUUUACUUGCAAAAGCUAAAGAACCAGGAUUUUUCAUGGAAAGAACGCUACAUGAUUCAGAUAAUUCAGGAAUGCAGACAGGAAGUUCGAAAAAUGAAAUAACAAUGACAAUGUUAGAUCCUCGGUAG